CACUGUCGGAACGGUAACAGCGACGGACACCGGAAGUGUUGCGUUGUGUCUGUUGUUCGGCAGUUUCUUAAACGCAAGUCUUGUUGUCGUCGUCAUGGCGUCUCAGUAGAAGCGUCUGGUUAAACAUUUCCGUUAUUAAAAACUAACUUAAGCGGCUGAAAAUGCCGAAGGUCGUGUCCAGAAGCGUCGUGUGCUCGGACACCCGGGACCGAGAGGAGUACGACGACGGGGAGAAGCCCCUGCACGUCUACUACUGCCUGUGCGGGCAGAUGGUGCUGGUGCUGGACUGCCAGCUGGAGAAGCUCCCCAUGAGGCCCCGCGACCGGGCCCGCGUGAUCGACGGCGGCAAACACGCGCACAAGUUCUGCAACGUGGAGGACGACGAGAACGCCUACAUCAAGCGGGCCGAGGGCAUCGAGAAGCAGCACCGCAAGAAGUGCGGCAAGUGCGGCCUGCUGCUCUUCUACCAGCACCAGGAGAAGAACAACGCGGCCACCUUCAUCGUGGACGCGGCCGUCGUCAAGUUCGGCCAGAGCUUCGGCAACACCAACGUCUACAGCCAGAAGCCGCCGGAGGCGCCGAAGAAGGUGCGCGUCAUGAUGACGAAGCGCACCAAGGACAUGGGCAAGUUCAGCUCCGUCACCGUGUCCACCAUCGACGAGGAGGAGGAGGAGAUCGAGGCGCGCGAGGUGGCCGACUCGUACGCGCAGAACGCCAAGGUGAUCGAGAAGCAGCUGGAGCGGAAGGGCAUGAGCAAGAGGAGGCUGCAGGAGCUGGCCGAGCUGGAGGCCAAGAAGGCCAAGAUGAAGGGCACGCUCAUCGAUAACCAGUUCAAGUAGACGGGUCCCGCACACUCACUGAGACGGUCUCCCUGUGGGGGUCCUCACCUCCUCACCUGGUCUGUCCUGUACUGACCCAGCGGCUUGUCUGGGGCAACAGUGGGCAAAGUGGACGAGACUGAUGAAGUCUGUGGGUGCUGCAUAUUAAGAUGCUGAUCUUAAAGAAGAUUUUAUAGACAUUACUAUUUUUUUUAAUGUUAUUUUGUACAAAAUUUAUUACAAAAACAAAAUAAAAACCCGUUCCCGUA